UUCGCUCGGGUCUCGCUCGCUCCUUCUGUUCCACGAGCGCGCGCUGAGCAGCAGCAAUUCAUUCAACACCAACAAAACCGAUUAAAAACGUAUUGAGCUGUUUGUUUGGUGGCUUUUCCCUUUGCUGAAGAAAAUGCGCAACAGGAGCCAUCGAAAUUCUUCUUCAAACCAGUCUGGUUCCUCCGAGCGGCAGACGGACCGAACCACUGGGUGUUUGUCCAGCGGGGCGCUCGAGGGUUUGAGAUCGGAGUGUUCAGCCAUCUGGUUUGACCGUGUUCAAUACGAAAGAGCGGAAAGUCUGUAUUACGUGCGGCUGUUGCAGCAGCAAAAUGGCACAACUGCUACUGCAAGCUCUUCUAGUUCCAAGCGAAAGCAAGACACAUGCCAGCAUGGAGAACAAGAGGCUUGUCACCACAUCGUUCAGUCCGUGUGGGUCAAUAAACCCAAAUAUGAUCAAGCUGAGAGCAAGUUUGUGGGCCAAAAUCAUGCAGCGACUCCAAGAUCUCUUCAACUGCAGCCCAGCAGCCAAACACCAUGUGAUGAAGGCUACCAAUCACAAACCCCGACCCCGCCCACUCCUGCUUCUAAGCCAAUCAAUGGCCUUCCUUGCCUCUCUCUUCCCCCAAUGGGGGUUUGGCUACAGAAGCCUCUUUUCGAUAAAGCCGAGGCGUCUUUCUAUCAAAACCUGUACAACCAGAACUCAACGCCAAGAAAACCAACCAACCAGUCCAAGUCCAAGCGACAAAAUAACAAUGUUGCUGCGCCGAAAAAGCCUGUGGUUUGCAAUCAGCAGGAUUCCAAUCAUCCCUCCACCAAUCAGGGAGCAGCUGGGUGUUAUUUCCUGCAUGCUGACAGCGAGAGGGUGUGGCUUGAUCGUGGUCGCUAUGCGGAGGCGGAGUCUCGUUUCUAUGGAGGAGCUGUUGGGAGAUCCAUUAAAACACCUGUAAACCCUUCAAAGCAGAAACAGAAGAAGAUGACUGCAGCGGACUGUUUGGCUAGUGAGAGGAUCUGGUUUGAUAAGCCGAGAUAUGAUGAAGCGGAACGACGGUUUUACGAACAGAUGAACGGACCCACAAAGCCCAAACAGGACACUGGAGCUAACACUAUUCUUCAAGACAUCGCUCGAGCGCGAGAAAACAUCCAGAAGUCUCUCGCUGGGCUCAAGACAACCUUGCAGCCCAGUAGAGGCUCUGCCCCUAAACCCUCAAACCCCUCCCACUGCUCCGCCUCUAGCGCCGGAGGCAGUGCUGCUGAUAUCGGGGAACUUGCAGCACGCAUGAAGAGCCUGGAACUAGAGAACCAGAGUCUACACAAAGUGGUGGAGGAUCUGCGUUCUGCUCUCAGUAAGAUGGAGAGUCGCGUGUCUGCGCUGGAGAGAAGAUCUUCAUCAUCAUCCUCAUCUUCAUCAGCACCAGCCGUUAACGGGACCCGUCCCGCCGCUGCACAGAAACCCCCGUCAGCUCCGGUAAAAGAGGAAGAGGAUGACGAUGAUGAUAUUGACCUGUUCGGCAGCGAUGAAGAGGAGGAUGAAGAGGCAGAGAGACUCAAAGAGCAGCGGCUGCAAGAAUACGCCGCAAAAAAAGCCAAAAAACCUGCCCUCAUCGCAAAAUCAUCCAUCCUGUUAGACGUCAAACCUUGGGACGAUGAGACGGACAUGUCGAAGCUGGAGGAGUGUGUGCGGUCGGUGCAGAUGGACGGGCUGCUCUGGGGGGCGUCCAAACUAAUGCCCGUAGGCUACGGCAUCAAGAAACUGCAGAUCAACUGUGUGGUGGAGGAUGACAAGGUGGGCACAGACUUCCUGGAGGAGGAGAUCACCAAGUUCGAGGACUACGUUCAGAGUGUGGAUGUUGCGGCGUUCAACAAGAUCUAACACACACACACACACAUGUAAACACUCACAUGCUACUGCUGCUGGAUGAAUAUCGGUUAAUAAAAGAUCUUGAAAUGUG